AUGCUUAACCAAGAGGAACUUACCAGAAGUUCUUUGACAGAAGUGAUGCAAGAACGCGGCAUGGCGAAUCCUGUACGAAAUUGUGCUGGUGGACGAAAUGCCUGCAUCCGAAAGGCUGUCAUCCCCAAUGAUCAGCUGAGUGUCGCUACUCAUAAACAUUUGGUUGGAGUCAUAGAGUCUUUCGAAAAGUUGACUUGCAGAGCGAAAGCUCUAAGACGGCUGCAGUCAAAUAUCAAGGCUGGUUGGGCCGUCGACCACGAGCGCUUGGCUCUAUUAUGGGAGAGUAUUAAGAUGCAGACGGCUGAACUGCUGCGCCUCACCAGUGCCAUGCAGUCAAGGAUUGCAAAUGUCCCUGAACCAGAAGUGUCUCUCGGAGAGCCGAAUACAUGUGAGCACCCAUUGUCGCGACUUCAUUCACAAAGUCCUGAACUGGAAAAUUUGCAAAAGAACGUUGCCGAAGCAAACGUCGUGUGUCGAGAAAUGCACGCGAUUGCUACGCAA